AUGGAGGAUAAUGAGCUUCCGAGAGAACAUAGGGUCGCAAGAGGACUAGGAAAACACAGACAUCAGAGAAAACAAAGAAAAUCGAAGAAACGGAAAAAUCGGAGAGGAAAGAAUCAAGAAAAUCGAGAGAACACAGAGAACAGCGCGAAAGAGAGAACCGAGGAAAUUGGGAAAGAGAACAGAGACAAGACUGACUCAAAAAAAAAUGAAAGAACUAGAACAGAAGGAAACGAGAGAAAUGGGAGAACAAAGAAGCAAGAGACACGAGAAAACAUGGGGAACAUAGAGAAACGAGGAAACCGAGAAAAUCGGGAGAGUAGAGAAAACAGAGAGAACAGAAAUAAAAGAGAGAAGAGAGUCAAUCGAGUAAGACGAGAGAACAAAGGGAACAUAGAAAAUCGAAAUAAUCAAAGGAACAGGGAGACAAGAGAGAAAGAAGAGGAAAACUGA